AUGCCCUCCUUCACAGAAUCCGAGCACCAGCCGCAAACUCUACCCUUUGAGAAACCGACACCACGUCCACCCAGGUCGCCAACAGUAGCCAACAACAUUCGGUCUCGGAACCGUCGUCGAGAAUAUCUCGAGAGAAAUCCAAAGUACUUCUCCGAUGCUGAGCACGAGCUGGCUGACCCCCUAUUAUAUGACAGCUUGGUUCGCAAGUUCCAGACGCCAGCCGAGCGUGAGGUCGAAGGCAAGGCCAAGGGCUACUCCGGGGUUUUAGAAAGCUCCCUGCUCAGAGGCGAGGCUCGCCUAGCUGACCUCAAGUCAUCAACUGAUGACACUUCGACGGCGGAGCCCGCGAGAGGCUUCACAACCGAGGCCGAUUUUUCCAAGACAAAGACAAAGGAAGAAGGCCUUCAGAGAUGGCAUGAGUUUCUCACAGAACGUUUUGUCCGCGGCCAUGACGAGGAUUUCGAUUACAGUCUGAUCGACGAUAACGAAGAUUACGACGUCAUGGAGAGACGUGAUGCCGAGGAAGCCUGGUUCGAUGAAGAAGAUCCCGAAUGGGCCAGUGACGCAGACGAGGGAGUCGAAACCACACAGGGCCAGACCGGUAUUCAGGAUUUUUGA